ACCCAUUUGACGGAGAUAUCCAAUUUGUGAAUCUUCAUUUGUUUUUGAUGUACAAAAUCAUCAACGUCUUCUUCUUUUGCCCCGUGCUUUCGCCCGUGAUGUUUCCGGUCAUCUACUUCGGGAUGCCGGCGCUUGGAUCUGGGUCAAUCGGGGAAGAUCUCAUGUUUCAAAGGAGCCUAUCAUAUAGCCUUCCUUAAGGCAUUUCGAUAUCAUUACCUGCAUCAAUCAUGUUUCACGACAGUGGCAAUGGAAAUGGGUCUGAAGCAUCCACCUCCAAUGCUGGAUUGUCACAAAGCUGUUGUCGAUUCGAGUUUUAUGAAAUUCUGUUAGCAACACAAAAUUUCAAUGACUCAUUAGUAGUUGGGAAAGGGGGUUUUGGAAAAGUAUACAAAGGCAAGAUCAGAAUAGGAACAACCCAUGUUGAUGUUGCAAUCAAAAGGAUGGAUUUGAUGUCAAAUCAAGGGGCGGCAGAGUUCUGGGCGGAAGUUGAAAUGCUUACCAAGUUGCGUCAUGCUCAUUUGGUGUCUUUAAUUGGCUAUUGUAAUCAUGAAGAAGAAAUGAUCCUUGUGUAUGAAUACAUGCCAUCUGGAACACUUGAAGAUCAUUUAUAUAAACUCCAUCCCCCUCUUUCUUGGCUUGAGCGACUCAAGAUCUGCGUGGGUGCGGCUCGUGGCUUAGACUAUCUUCACACUGGCACAGGUAUUGAGGUUGGUGUUAUACAUAGAGAUGUCAAGACCUCAAAUAUUUUAAUACAUGAAAGUUGGGCCGCAAAAAUUUCUGAUUUUGGGUUGGCUAGAAUAGGUCCAAUAAAUCAACCAUCAACUUAUGUCAACACGCUUGUUAAAGGCACUUUUGGGUACAUUGAUCCAAACUAUUUUGCCACUGGAAAGUUGACAAGGAAGUCUGAUGUUUACGCUUUUGGGGUGGUAUUGUUUGAAGUCUUGUGUCAGAAGCGGCCAUUGGAUAGGAGUUUUGAAUGUGGCCUAGUAACAUGGAUACAAGAAUCAAUUAAAGAAGGGAACUUAAAGCAAAUAGUUUAUCCGGGUAUACGAAAUGAGAUAUCUCUAAAAUGUUUAAAAGGGUUUGCCCGGAUAGCUGAAAGAUGCUUGGAUUUUCAUCCAAAUCAGCGUCCUACCAUGACUGAGGUUGUUUUUAGUCUUGAAUCUUUACUGGCUCAAUCUGUAUCGUUUUCGCAGCAGAAAACCAAUAACUGGCUGCUACCUCCACGCAAAAAGAUAUUUGGAAGAAUAUUUGAUGUGUUUCCCUCUAGUUCCCCUGUUGAAAACUCAGGGCCCGUUAUUUUUAGUCCUUGGAUAAAGGCAAAGGAGCUUAAGUUUUUGGAGGAGGACAAUUUGUUUUUGGGUCUGGAAAAAGUGGGAAGAGGUGGUUGUGGAGAAGUAUUUAAAGCCCAUAUAAGGGGAGGAAUCAUUAAGACGAUUGCGAUAAAAAGGAUAAUCACACAACCUUCCGAGCUCAUUGAAGAGGACGAGGAACCACUCUACAAAAAUAUGGGUCAAAUUCAGUCAGAAAUCCAAACGGUUGGUCAAAUUCGCCAUAGGAACCUCCUAUCCUUACUUGCUCAUGUGUCACGACCAACAUGUCAUUACCUUGUUUACGAGUAUAUAAAAAACGGAAGCUUGCAAGACAUGUUCCAACCGGUUCAUAAUGGUAGACGAGAACUAGAUUGGCUCACGAGACACAAGAUUGCAAUUGGUGUUGCAUCAGGGCUUGAGCACCUUCACACGAGCCACACACCUCGUAUAGUCCACCGAGACUUAAAACCUGGAAACGUUCUCCUUGAUGAUGACAUGGUGGCCCGAAUUGCCGAUUUCGGGCUCUCAGAACUUAUCUCAGAUGCAGACACACACGUGACAUAUUCUUUUAUUGGGGGAACUUUAGGGUACAUUGCGCCCGAGUAUUUUCAAACUUUGAAAUUUAGCGAGAAAUGUGACAUUUAUAGUUUUGGGAUGAUACUAGGGGUGUUGGUCGUGGGAAAGCUUCCUUCUGACGAAUUUUUUCAACACACUGAUGAAAUGAGUAUGGUGAGAUGGAUGAGAAACGUUAUGACUUCGGAUGACCCGAGAAAAGCAAUCGAUCCCAUCCUUUUAGGAAACGGGUACGAGAAACAAAUGCUUCUAGUUCUUAAGAUUGCUUGUUUUUGUACAAUGGAGGAUCCAAAAGAGAGACCAAAUAGUAUGGAUUGUAGGAUCAUGUUGUCUCAAAUCCAGCAUUAAUAUGCACAAUAUUCAGAAAGCAAAUUUUGUGAUCUAUUUUACGGAUGUUUCAUGUUUGUAAUUGUAUCAUGUGUACUCGUAUUGCAGAAAAUAAUAUGUUUCAAGUGUUGCUAAAUGAAUAUGAUGUAAAAUUAAAAAAGAUGUGAA